GUUAUUAUCUCCGGCUAUCCAAUGCAGGUCCCAUCGUAUCGUCCCACAGCUCUUUCGUGCCAGAAGAUAUCUCCUGAUAUCCCCAUUCCCAUCGCAGCUGUCCCAUGGGGCUACUUGGCUUGACGUUGAAGUGAUCCGCCUCGCUCCUUCGGCCGUGGCGUGGCUUUGGCCAACGUCGCAUCCCUACCGCCAUCUGCCAUGAUGCGAUCAAGAGACCCUCGGGUCCGCCAGACAAUCAACCAAAUAUCCCAUAACCUCGAAUCCGCGAACGAGACGGCCCAGGAGGGUCUCUACACCUUAUCUCACAAUUACCUGGUACCAUGUUUUGCAGCGAUUGGGAACUGUGUAUACUCGUGCACUGCGCCUUGUCUCCCCAGCCGUGAAGACCAACUUCGACGCCGCCGCCGAGGCCGUGCGGAGGCUAAUUUCGACUUCUACGAUGACUGGGAUAAUGAUGAGUCCAACGAUAGCCUGCUGGGAUGGGGUACUGACGAACUUGAUCGCCUGUUGGCUGGAAGUGGCUUGGCUCGCGGGAGUUCAGAACAGCCUCGAAGGCAGCGAAAAAUGAGCUACGGAGCUCGGCGCACAAGGCGAAAAAGCAGUGUUAUAGUAUCUGACGACCGUAAUGAUCCGACUGUCAUUCCGAGCUCUUCAUUCUUGGGGUUUCUGGAGCGCUUCCCAUGGAGAUUUGGCGCACGGGGGCUGAAAUACCGCCCGUCGGCGGCUGAUCUUCAGGAACAUCCCGCAGGGCUGCGACGAUUCGAGCACGAGGAUGAACCUCUCAUAGAAGAACCCGAAGAAAAUGAAGGCCCAGCAGCCUCCAAUGGGAGAUAUCGAAGUUCAACACAGUCUUCGCGGGACACGACUAACUCCUUGAGCUCGCGGGGAGAUCUGAUCCCCAGCGACGAGGAAGAAGAUGCCGUACCGCUAGAUGACGAGUUCGCUCUAGCUCUAGCCAGCCGUCGUGGGACGGGACUAGAUUCAAUUGAUCUAAUAGGGGAUAAACCCGCGAGUAUGAGGUCUGUGUCUGGAACGUUUAGUCUAAAGACAAAUGCCUCUUCAAAGGAGUCGAGGAUGAAAAAGAAAAAGAGGAGCAGCCGACUGCGAUCUCCUCAGGGGUCGUAUGUAGAGGUCAAUCACGAAGUUGGUACCCCUACACUAGCCGAUCUCAAAAAGGAGGAGGAGCGAGCAGCGCUCGAAGAAGAAUCGGAGAUCGCGCGAAGACGGCUUGCUGCACAACAAUUGGCCUCCACUCGUGGCCUGGAUCAAGCGAAAGACGAGGCGUCACAGGCUCCGCCGUCGCAGCCUCGUACCGUUUCAUCGGACAUUACUCAUCACGAGACCGUUGAUACUCCCCUAGACUCAACUGUAGAAUACGCUUCAACUCAAAGUCAGGGUGUACAAUCGCAACCUUCGCAGAACCCGCAUUCCCCUGGAGAGGAAUCGCAAACAGAGCCUUUCCCGCCUUUCCCUUCUACCCCCGAAUUCCACGAAGAUAGCCCCGCGUCACAGCCUGGCUAUCAUCAAGACCAACCCAAUGGUCCGAGUCCGUCCGAACAGAAUAACACGACAGACGCACAUAGGGACCCAUCCUCUGAUUAAUCGAAUCGCGAAAGGUAGCUUUGCGAAGGGGACACGGUCCACUGGUUUAGGUUUGCAGGUCAAACCCAACCAUCUAGUUCGCAUUUUCCUGGCGAUUUUUCUGAGAUAUAGUGAGACGCUACCGCCUCCUGCUUUUUAUGGCGCCUUCGGACUGUAUAUUAGUAUGAUAUGACUCACGAAACUUGAAUAUAUAGCCUAUCUUGAGGAUAGGUCAGUUAAUCUGCGUUUUUAGCGUGUCAAUAUUGAUGACUUCCAUAUUUGAAACAAUUGAAAUGCCGCAAAAAGG